AUGAAUUUUAAUUAACAAUAACGAUUUCAUAAGAAACCAUAUUCUUAAUUUGAUCUCCAUACUGAUAGGCCUUCCAAGAUGCCCUCCUUUAUGAAGUCAUCUGAAAUUGUUUCAAACUUUAAGGAGAAUUAGGAUCCCAUUCAAUAUUCAAAUAUUUCUAUAAUUAAGGAAAUUCAGGACAUUGAAAAAAUGUAUUAAGACAAAAUUGAUUCCUUGAAAAAACUAAAUGCAAAGUUGAUGUCCACUAUUGAAUUUAUGGAAAAAACACUUGAACAAUAAAAGAGUAUGUUAUAAGAAAAAUAACAAAUUGUAAAUAUAUGAUAUCUAUAGAAUUAAGAUUAUGAAACAGCAAAAUGAACUCUCUUAAUAUCGCUAGAUCCUUUCACAAAAUACUCAAGUCAAUAUUAAAAACUUAAAAACAGAAAUCGAAGAUGAAAAAAUUAAAACAGAAAGAUUACACUAUGAAUUAAAGGAUUUUAAAUAUAAGUUUGAAAAAGAAAAACCAUUGGUGCAUUUGUUCAAAAAGAUUGAAUAAACUUAAGAAGAAUAUAAUGAAUAAAAUAAACUAUUCAUGAGAGAAGUCCUGCAGCUACUAGAUAAACCUCGAAGUCAAUCAUUUUAUCGAUAACCCUCAAAGUAGCAUGUAAAGAAAUCCUCAUUUUAUAAUUGA